GAUACUGCUGCUGCUUUACCCGCAGGGGAGCCUGAAUCAUCAUUGUUGAUGAUGAAGGAUGUGUGGAUGGAUCCAUGCAUAGAAUUUGCCAUAAAAACUCUAACCGGUGCAAUCCCAUGCAUUGGAGAAGAAGAGAACAAGGCUGACAAGAUGACUCCACAGUCAUCCCUCAGUUCAUCUGCUGGAAAUCUACAGUCCCGUGUGGAGGAGUUGCCUUUUGGUGGAGGAGGCGUAUUGGCAUUAGAUCCAUGCAUCGAAUUUGCUGCAAAGAUCCUUACUGGUGAAAUACCGAUAAGUGUUGAUGAAUGUUCACCUGAGAAGCCUUUAUUCAAGCAGCAGCAGCAACAGAAAUGCUGGCUUACUAAAUUUGGUUCAAACCAACCGAUUGGUGUGUCUGUUGUUAGCAUUCUCUAUUCAAAAUCCUGUCAAGACAGAAUUGUUAGGCAGUUUGUUAUAAAACUAAGCAGCAGCAGCAGGGGGUGGUGGUGGUGGGGGAAUGGGGCAAUGGGGGACGAGCAACCACAACAAGAAGAGUGUGCAAUAGUGAAGGCACUAAUCUCUGCUUGUUCAAGCUUUGUGAUGUAUGGAGCACCAGACCCUAUCCCGGGUUCUCCUUGCUGCGUUGCCAUGCUCAGCCUAAGCAAUGUGGCUGACUCCACCGAUAACCGCCAGAACGUGUGCAGGUGCAUGAUGGACCUCAUCACCACCUACAACCCCAAUGCCACUUCCAUUGCCACUCUCCCUGGCUUUUGUGGUGUCUCUCUUGGCUUCAUCAUUGAUCCUAACACUGAUUGUGAAUAUAUUGGAUGAACGUCUUGGACAACCUUCGUUCUUUUGAGGUCAAAUGAGCCAGAGACUGCUGCUUCCAAGAUAAACCAAGCAAGGACAUAGCGG